GCGUUGGCGCGUCGGAGCCAGCGGUCCAGGCUGUGGCGCCGUGCGGGGGGCUGCUGCAGGGAGGAGCCGAGGCCGGCAGUGCUCCGGCAGGGCAGCCCGGGGCGCGCCCCAGCCCUGCUUGUGGUUCGGUAUCCGGGAGCCUGGCCCGCCCGUGUCCCGCGCGGCCACAUGGCUCCGCUCCGCGCUCUGCUGUGUAGCCUGCUGCCCUUGCACUGCGCGCUAGGAGUCGCCGCGGGCAGCCGGACCCCAGAGCUGCACCUCUCCAGAAAGCUCAGUGACUAUGCUGUGACCGUGCCCUGCAGCACAGAUUUUCAGGGACGCUUCCUCUCCCAUGUAGUGUCUGGCCCAGCGGCUGCGUCUGCAGGGAGCGUGGUAGUGGACAGUACACCCAUCCCACCAUUGCACUCCAGGCACCUCCGAGUGGCUCGCAGCCCUGUCCUGAACCUGGACAAAGGGACUUUGCCACCUCACGGGGCGCGGCGCUACUUCCUCUACUUCAAUGUGACUGUUUUUGGGAAGGAGCUGCAUUUGCGUCUUCGGCCCAACCGGAGGCUGGUGGUGCCCGGGGCAUCAGUGGAGUGGCAGGAGGACUUCCGGGAGCUGUUCCGGCAUCCUUUGCAGCAGGAGUGUGUGUACACUGGAGGUGUCACCGGAAUGCCAGGGGCAGCUGUUGCCAUUAGCAACUGUGAUGGAUUGGCGAGAGGUGACGGAUAUGUCAUGAAGGUGUCCAUUUGCCCUCCUACAAUGCAGCAGAACCCUUCAGCCUUCGGCCUGGGUGAUCUUCCCAACCUGCUGGGCCUCGCGGGGGACCAGCUGGGGGACACGGAGAGGAAGCGGCGCCAUGCCAAGCCGGGCAGCUACAGCAUCGAGGUGCUGCUGGUGGUGGACGACUCAGUGGUUCGCUUCCAUGGCAGGGAGCACGUGCAGAACUACGUGCUAACCCUCAUGAACAUCGUGGAUGAGAUUUACCACGACGAGUCCCUGGGGGCCCACGUGAGCAUUGCCCUGGUCCGCUUGAUCAUGGUCGGCUACCGGCAGUCCCUGAGUCUGAUAGAGCGUGGGAAUCCUGCACGCAGCUUGGAGCAGGUGUGUCGCUGGGCGCACUCUCAGCAACGCCAGGACCCCAGCCAUGCUGAGCACCACGACCACGUCAUCUUCCUCACGCGGCAGAACUUUGGGCCCUCAGGGUAUGCACCUGUAACUGGCAUGUGCCACCCCCUGAGAAGCUGUGCCCUCAACCAUGAGGAUGGCUUCUCCUCGGCUUUUGUGGUGGCCCACGAGACUGGCCAUGUGCUUGGCAUGGAACACGAUGGGCAGGGGAAUGGCUGCGCAGACGAAACCAGCCUGGGCAGUGUCAUGGCGCCCCUGGUGCAGGCUGCCUUCCACCGCUUCCAUUGGUCCCGCUGCAGCAAGCUGGAGCUCAGCCGCUAUCUCCCGUCCUACGACUGCCUCCUCGAUGACCCCUUCGAUCCCGCCUGGCCCCAGCCCCCAGAGCUGCCUGGGAUUGACUACUCGAUGGAUGAGCAGUGCCGCUUUGACUUCGGCACUGGAUACCAGACCUGCUUGGCAUUCAGGACCUUUGAGCCCUGCAAGCAGCUGUGGUGCAGCCACCCUGACAACCCGUACUUCUGCAAGACCAAGAAGGGGCCCCCACUGGAUGGAACGGAGUGUGAACCAGGCAAGUGGUGCUUCAAAGGUCACUGCAUCUGGAAGUCACCGGAACAGACUUAUGGCCAAGACGGAGGCUGGAGCCCCUGGACCAAGUAUGGGUCAUGUUCUCGGUCAUGUGGAGGUGGAGUGCGAUCUCGCAGCCGGAGCUGUGACAACCCCCCCCCAGCCUAUGGAGGCCGCUCAUGCUCAGGACCCUUCUUCGAGUACCAGAUCUGCAACAGUGAGGAUUGUCCUGGACCCUAUGAAGACUUCCGGGCCCAGCAGUGUGCCGCACGCAACUCCUACUACGUCCAUCAGAAUGCCAAGCACAGCUGGGUCCCCUAUGAGCCGAGUGAUGAUGCCGAGAAGUGUGAGCUGGUCUGUCAGUCGGCAGACACAGGCGAGGUGGUGUACAUGAACCAGGUGGUCCACGACGGGACACGCUGCAGCUACCGGGACCCGCACAGUGUCUGUGCCCGUGGCGAGUGUGUGCCCUUCGGCUGUGACAAGGAGAUGGGGUCCAUGAAGGCAGAGGACAAGUGUGGCGUCUGUGGUGGUGACAACUCCCACUGCAGGACCGUGAAGGGGACCCUGGGCAAAGCCUCCAAGAAAGCAGCUGCUCUCAAACUGGUGCAGAUACCAGCGGGUGCCAGACACAUCCAGAUUGAGACGCUGGAGAAGGCCCCCCAGCGCAUCGCGGUGAAGAACCAGGUCACCGGCAGCUUCAUCCUCAACCCCAAGGGCAGGGAAGCCUUGAGUGGGACCUUCACCGCGCUGGGCCUGGAGUGGGAGCAUGAGGUGGAAGAUGCCAAGGACAGCCUCAGGACCAGCGGGCCCCUGCCAGAAGCCAUUGCUGUCCUGGUGCUGCCCCCAGCUGAGGGUAGCCCUCGAGGUGUCCUGGCCUACAAGUACGUCAUCCACGAGGACCUGCUGCCCCUCAUCGGGAGCAACAAUGUGCUCCUGGAGGACACCGACACCUACGAGUGGGCGCUCAAGAGCUGGGCCCCCUGCACCAAGGCCUGCGGAGGAGGUAUCCAGUUCACCAAGUAUGGCUGCCGGCGCAGACGGGACCACCACAUGGUACAGCAGCACCUGUGCGACCCCCGGAAGAGGCCCAAGCCCAUCCGCCGGCGCUGCAACCAGCACCCCUGCCCCCAGCCUGGGUGGGUGAUGGAGGAAUGGAGUGCCUGCAGCCGGAGCUGUGGAAAGCUGGGGGUACAGUCUCGGGGGGUUCAGUGCCUGCUGCCCCUCUCCAAUGGCACGCGCAAGGCCAUGCCAGCCAAGGCCUGUCCUGGUGCCCGGCCCGAGGCCCGGAGGCCCUGCCUCCGCAUUCCCUGCCCAGCCCAGUGGCGAACGGGAGCCUGGUCCCAGUGCUCUGCCACCUGUGGAGAGGGCGUCCAGCAGCGGCAGGUGGUGUGCAGGCCCACCGCCAAUAGCCUCAGGCAGUGCGAGGGGGACAAGCCCGACUCCAUGCAGGGCUGCAGCCUGCCGGCCUGUGAAGCAGUUCCUUGUGCUGUGUGUGCAGCAGAGUCCUGCGUGGGGGACAGGUCCAUCUUCUGCCAGAUGGAAGCGCUUGAUCACCACUGUGCCAUCCCUGCCUACCACCAGCUGUGCUGCGAGUCCUGCUCUAAGAGGGCCUCAGGCCCCAGCGCCAGCCUGGGCCCAAGCCUGGCCUCCCCACCUACCUCCCCCACUCCUGGGAGCUCCUCACCACAACCCAAGGCCACUCCUGAUGUCACAGAGCCUACCGUGGAGCUAGCAGGACCAGACGACCAUCAGCAUGGCCGACCCACACGGCUCACAGAGCCACCAGAUGCUAGGCCACCAGUCACCCAGCCUCCCUCCCUCCCACAGACCCUGAGCCGCAGGGCAUUUGGGGGCACUUCCCCUACUACGCCUCAGGGAGCACCUUGGGGCUGGACCCUAGUGGCUGUGAUGACUCCCGAGGACCAAGGGCAGCCCAAAGAAGAAUCAAAGCAUCCAGGUACCAGCCUCCCGGCCACCUCCCCAGUGACAUGAGCCAUGCCAUGCCAUCCUGCCAGGCACAUUUGCACUGUGUGUGCUGCCCAGUGACCCCGUUCAGAGGAUUCAUGCAGCAGGACAGGGGCAAGCACAGACUUCCUUUUAAGUUAUUUUCCUUUCUCAUUUUUGUUUGGAGCUGUGAUACUCUUUCCUCCAUGACAGGGGGUGGGAGGGAGAAGAUCAGGGAAAGCCCAAACCAGAGAUACCUCAGCCAGCAGUGCCCAGACUGGACCUUCAGGGGCUCCUGAAGUCUCUCGGGACCGAGAGUUUGCCAGCACCCUUCCUCAAGCUACCAGGCCCUGGGCAGGUCUGAAGUUCAUGCAGGAACUGUCAGGGCUGCCUGCUUUUCCAGG